AUGCCAAAUUCGAAAAAGACCAUAGCCAUCGUCAAUGGUACUGGUCGUCAGGCUGCCUCAUUAAUUCGCACGGUGAGUGCCGUUGGCUAUGCGGUGCGUGCGCAAGUCUACUCAUCCGAGGGUUUAGUAGCGGAGGAGCUGGCUGCCCUACCAAAUGUGACGAUAUUUGAGGGUCACUUGCUAAACAACCAAGUCUUGAUCGACACCAUCUUCGAUGGCGCUCAUCUGGCCUUCAUCAACACUAAUCCGCUGGCCGGCGAUGAGGUCAAAAUUGGCAAGGCAUUAGCGAAUGCGGCCAAGAAGCGCAAUAUACAGCACUUCAUUUAUAGCAGUAUGCCAGACCAUUCGAUACAUGAUCCGAAUUGGCCAGUACUACCCAUGUGGGGUUGUAAAUUCACCGUCGAGAACUAUAUCCGCCAGCUUGGUCUACCGGCGACCUUCGUUUAUGCAGGUAUCUACAACAACAACUUCACCAGUCUGCCAUACCCCUUAUUCUGUCUCAACUUCAAGGACGACGAUACUAUCGAGUGGCGAGCUCCUUUCCAUCCAGAUACCAAAUUACCCUGGUUAGAUGCAGAGCACGAUGUGGGACCGGCUGUUCUACAAAUUCUCAAAGAUGGGCCAAGCAAAUGGAACGGUCACAGAAUAGCACUGGCAUUCGAAAACCUGACACCCAUCCAAGUUUGCCAAGCAGCAGAACGCGCCAUCGAGCGACCAUGCCACUAUGUUUACGAUCCCAAGAUCGAGGUCACGGUCCCCGUCCCGAACGGGUACCGACAACAACUAGCCGCUCUCGAAGUGUUGUUUGGGAAAUACAACGCUCCGUAUUUUCCCGGCCCGGAUUUUGCCUACUAUUCGAAACGCAAGGGCAGCAAUGAUACCAUCGGGCCCAGAAACAACCACAGCUCGACCAACAAAGGCCAAGAUUCUCGUUCGUCAAAGGGCAAGGCUGGAAAGCUGACAGACGAGGCGCGUGGGCUCUGGGAAGGAUACAGGGGUCUAGAGGAAUAUUUUCGCGAGGUCUUUCCCGUGGAGGAAGAAGCGAACGGCAAGACCUGGAUGAGCGACAAAGUUGUCAGUACUUGA